GAGGCGGAAUUCGUUCCUGGCGGGAAAAUAUCAGAUUUUCGCGCCAGAGGCGGAGUCCAGAGGUCAAGGUGUGCGGGUGUAGAAGUGACUGUCGGCGUUUUCUUUCUCGCGGGUACAAAAAAUAGGUUUUGGACGAGUUCUGAGUUGACCACGUCGGGAUGGCUGCCCCCGCUGCACCUACACUGGACGAUGCGGAACUGCGAGAAGCUCAGCGAGAUUACUUGGAUUUCUUGGAUGAUGAGGAAGAUCAGGGGAUUUAUCAGAGUAAAGUCCGAGAGAUGGUUAGUGACAACCGGUACCGUUUGAUUGUCAAUAUCAAUGAUCUCCGCAGAAAGAAUGAGAAAAGGGCCAGUCGGCUGCUGAACAGUGCCUUUGAAGAGAUGGUGGCAUUCCAGCGUGCCUUGAAGGACUUUGUUGCUUCUGUUGAUGCCACGUACUCAAAGCAGUAUGAAGAGUUUUAUGUUGGGCUUGAGGGCAGCUUUGGAUCUAAACAUGUGACACCCCGGACGUUGACAUCCCAGUUUCUCGGUUGCCUUGUGUGCGCGGAGGGUAUUGUUACCAAAUGCUCUUUGGUGCGCCCAAAGAUAGUCCGCAGUGUGCAUUACUGCCCUGCUACAAAGAAGACCAUCGAGCGCCGGUACACAGAUUUGACAUCUCUGGAAGCUUUUCCAUCCAGCAAUGUUUAUCCCACCAAGGAUGAAGACAACAAUCCUCUUGAGACAGAAUAUGGCCUGUCGACUUACAAGGACCAUCAAACGAUCACAAUCCAGGAGAUGCCAGAGAAAGCGCCAGCUGGGCAGCUCCCUCGCUCCGUGGAAAUCAUUUUAGAUGAUGAUUUGGUGGACAUGGUGAAGCCUGGGGACCGAGUGCAGGUCGUUGGGACAUUUCGUUGUCUGCCAGGAAAGAAAGGUGGCUACACUUCAGGGACAUUUAGGACUAUUCUGAUUGCUUGCCAGGUGAAGCAAAUGAACAAGGAGACUCGUCCUGAGUUUUCAGCAAGUGAUAUUGCCAAGAUAAAAAGGUUUAGCAAAAGCCACUCAAAGGAUAUUUUUGAUCAGCUUUCAAGAUCUCUGGCUCCCAGCAUCCAUGGGCACGAGUACAUCAAGAAGGCCAUUCUUUGUAUGCUUUUGGGUGGAGUGGAGAAAGUACUGGAGAACGGAAGUCGCCUCAGAGGAGACAUUAAUAUCCUGCUAAUCGGUGAUCCCUCAGUUGCAAAGUCUCAGUUGCUGCGUUAUGUGCUGUGCACAGCUCCCCGGGCCAUCCCCACCACCGGCAGGGGCUCUUCUGGAGUGGGUUUGACUGCUGCUGUCACUACGGAUCAGGAAACUGGGGAGCGUUGUCUGGAAGCAGGCGCCAUGGUGUUGGCUGACCGAGGUGUGGUGUGCAUUGAUGAAUUUGACAAGAUGACGGACAUUGACCGCACAGCUAUCCAUGAGGUGAUGGAGCAGGGCCGUGUGACCAUUGCCAAGGCAGGCAUUCAGGCUCAGCUCAAUGCCCGCUGCAGUGUUCUGGCCGCAGCCAAUCCAGUGUAUGGAAGGUAUGACCAGUACAAAACUCCCAUGGAAAACAUUGGCCUUCAGGACUCUCUGCUAUCCCGCUUUGAUUUGCUCUUCAUUGUCCUGGAUCAAAUGGAUCCCGAGCAAGAUCGGGAGAUCUCGGACCACGUCUUGCGGAUGCAUCGUUACAGAGCAGCUGGUGAACAAGAUGGGGAUGCGAUGCCUUUGGGCAGCACGGUGGAUCUGCUGGCUACUGAGGAUCCCAGCCUUGCAGAAAUAGAGGGUCAGGAGCUGCAGGUGUAUGAAAAACAUGAUAAUCUGCUGCAUGGGCCUAAGAGGCAGAAGGAGAAGAUCGUUAGCGUGGAGUUCAUGAGGAAGUAUAUCCAUGUUGCCAAGAACAUCAAGCCAGUCUUGACCGAGGAGGCAGCAGCCUUCAUAGCACAGCAGUAUUCCUCCCUUCGCAGUCAGGAUGAGAUCAGUUCAGAUGUUGCUAGGACUUCCCCUAUAACAGCCCGCACUCUCGAGACGUUGAUUCGACUCUCAACUGCCCAUGCUAAAGCCAGGAUGUGCAAAACAAUUGACAAGCAGGAUGCUAAAGCUGCAUUGGAACUGGUGCAGUUUGCAUACUUCAAAAAGGUUCUGGAAAAGGAAAAGAAACGAAAGAAGCAGGCUGAAGAUGAUAUAGAUCUAGAAUCAGAUGGUGAAGUUGUACAAGAUAGUGAAAAAAGACAGAGCAAGAGAAGGAAGACACGUUCUAGUGAUCAAGAGCCCAUUGAUCCCUAUGACUUCAGUGAUGCUGAAGAGGAGAUGCCAGAAGUCCAAGCACACACACCGAAGACUCCUGAACCUUCAGGCACUGAGGAGGCUAAAUCAAAGUUAACAGACUCAAGACUUAAAGCAUUCAAGACGGCCCUUCUGGAAGUGUUUAAAGCUGCUCAUGCACAGUCUGUGAGUUUGAAGAAUCUAAUGGAGUCCAUCAAUCGGGACAACCCAACCCCCUUCUCACCUGCUGAAGUCAAGGUGGCCCUGGGGCAGAUGCAAGAGGACAACCAGAUCAUGAUGUCUGAUGAUAUCAUUUUCCUGAUCUAAACCUGCACCUAGAAAGAAGCGGAGUUUUUCCUUUUGGAUACUAGGGUUGGAGACUCUUUUCAGCACCUUCAGAAGGACCAUCCAGAAACUGACCUCAGCCAUCUAGAUCAAGAGGAUUUUAACUUGAACUUGCAGUAAUUGUUGGGGGGAACUGAUUCCUAGAUUUUGUUGAUAGACUUGUGUGGCUGUUGUGUGUUGCUGUUUAUGUCGAGCGAGGGGAAUACUGCUUUUCAAAGCCCACCUACUAGUUUGUUAGCAACUUUAACUGGUUUCUGAACAAAUCAGUAGUGGGCAUUUUGGAAGAUACAUCAAUGUCAAGCUCUCAUAUUCAAUUAUUUCCACUAUGGAGAUUUAUAGAGCACAGCAGUGCAACUGUAAGCGGUCAGCUUUGUCUCUUUGAAUCCUCGGCAAAUUAAUGUCUAAAUUGUCUGCCAGCUAUAUAAUGUAUACUUUUUCUUACUUGGUGUGGACUUCUUAAUAAACCACAUGUUGUAAUGAGUGUGAA